AUGUCGCUAAUCCGUGAAAAGGUGGUUUUCGAUCCUUCUGGAGACGUUUUCUUACUCCUUGAGAGAACGGAUAUCACCCCUACCGAUGACGUUACACCUCAUCAACCAACCGGCGAUGCUCCUGCCCAUGAUGUUCCUGCCGACGAUGCUCCUACCGAUGGAAUCUCCAUUGACCAAAGUGUCAUUGAAAUAUCAAAGCAACUAAAUGACGCAGAUGGAGAUCCAUCCGCAAAACUAGCCAGACGCGAAGUUGAACUACAAGUGUCUUCGAAACACCUUUCACUCGCAUCCAAGGUGCUUUGUCAUUGCCUGGAGGGCCUUCCAAUAGGUGACAAAGACGUCAGGACAAUUCCUCUCCCGCAUGAUGAUUUGGGCGCUAUGCAAAUUCUGCUGAAUAUCAUUCACGGCUUAACAAGAAGAGUUCCAAGGCGGGUGGACGUGUCGGUGCUGUCUCGAGUCGUCGUCUUGAUAGAUAAAUACGAGUUCCACGAAACUGCUGAAGUCUUAACGGACAUUUGGCUUGAAUCCCUUCAACCCACGAUCCUUCAAGAUCAUCAAACUUUGGCAGCCAACAUCUUUAUUUGCUGGGUGCUGAAAAAGCCUUCCGAGUACAACAUCUUGACCAAGAAAGCCAUCUGGGAGACUAGUUGCGGGCUUGAAGACGAGGACGGUUGCGUUCCUUAUUGGAUCAUUAGCGAGAUACAAUCUCGUCGGCAAGCUAUAUUAAGCGAGGUCCUCGAUACACUUUCGAAACUACUUGAUCGUUUCUGCAGUUCACAGCGACAAUGCUAUCAAGAUGAUAACUGUGACCCUCUGGCACUCGGAAAGCUCAUAAGGGGCUUACGGACGUUUGAGCUCUACCCAAUCCGGGAGCCCUCCGAAAUAAAGACGUCGAUUCAAGAUCUUUUCUCCGCUAUUCGCUCGAUAGACCUUUCGCCAUUCUGCGCGGUGUUCAGCAAGAAAGACAAACGCACCCGGGGUCGGGAUGAGGACCACGUUUGCGUUCACAUGGACAAAGAUCUAACGGCCUCGCUCUUGGGAAUCGAAGAAAGGAUCUCGGGAUUGGAAUUACGUGACGACGCCCACAAGGACCAAUUUGGAACGAAUGUGGACGACUAG